AUGGGCAUAUGUGCAUCUACUCAGUGCCUGAAGGAAGGUGGCAGAGUUGUAAAUGGUUCGAUCACAGUCAAGAUCGUUCACUUGAACGGAAAGCUACAGGAGCUCAGGAACCCAGUGCAAGCCUCCCACAUUCUCUCCAAGAAUCCCAACUGCUUCCUCUGCCCCUCGGAGUCCAUGUUCGUCGACGCGGACGCCCCUCAAGUUCCUAAAAAUGAAGAGCUGCAGCUGGGCCAAAUCUACUUCCUCAUGCCGGUUUCUCAGUUAAAAGCACCACUGUCUCUCCAAGACUUGUGUUCACUUGCCAUCAAGGCCAGUGUAGCUCUUGAAAAGGGUUCCAACUUAUCGGCGAUGAUGUCGCCGGGUUCAGACAUAAUUGGAGGUGGAUCGCAGCCAGGGUGUUGCAGAGUUCCAACACAUAGUAGGCACAUCUUUGGAAUGCAGCUGUUUGCAGAAAAGCCUGAUCGUGAUGGCAUGGGAAGCAAGCAAGAAUACGUCAAAUAA